AUGGCGACGACUGCUGCUGGCCCAUCGCGACCCAGUCGCAUUUUCUAUAUCAACGACAAGUCGAGCGGCCUCCGUUUCCUAGUUGAUACCGGUGCCGAGGUCAGUGUCAUCCCGCCUCUAGGGUGUCACCGCCUCAAGCCUUCGCAAUUCUCAUUGCAGGCUGCAAAUAGCACCACAAUCAGCACCUACGGCCAGCGGUCCCUCACUUUAGAUCUUGGUCUCCGACGACGUUUCCAAUGGGUCUUUAUUGAGGCUGACGUCAAAUCGCCCAUUAUCGGGCCGACUUUUUGUCAUCUUUCGGCUUAACAGUCGAUGUCAGACACCGUCGCCUCACAGACACAACCACCCAACCUUUUUGCCAUAGGUACCAUUUGCUCAGAACGUUCGGUUGGCAUUCACCUCACCAUCCCCAGCACCCCUUUCGCUGACAUUUUGAAAGACUUCCCGUCCAUCACUAAACCAUGUCAUUUUACCGAAACCGUUCAACACGGAGCGAAACACCACAUUGUCACGGCAGGGCAACCAGUGCAUGCUCGUCCGCGUAGACUCCACCCUGAGAAGCUCCGAAUAGCAAAGAACGAAUUUAAACAUAUGAUGAAUCUGGGCAUUAUACGCCCAUCAUCUAGCCCAUGGGCCUCACCACUGCACAUGGUGCCAAAGAAGUCAUCUGACGAUUGGAGACGGUGCGGUGAUUAUCGAGCCCUAACCAGGUUCACAAUUCCUGACCGGUACCCCAUUCCCCACAUUCAUGACUUUUCCCACAUGUUAGCCGGUAAAACUAUUUUUUCCCAGCUUGACCUCGUCAGGGCGUACCACCAAAUCCCGGUCGCUGAGGAAGAUAUCCCAAAGACCGCUAUCAUGACACCCUUUGGGCUGUUCGAAUUUAUUCGCAUGCCUUUUGGUUUGCGCAAAGCUGCCCAGUCGUAUUCGCCCAGGGAAGUUCGUCACCUGGACUAUAUAUCGCAGUUUACCGCAGAUAUCCGCUACGUCCGAGGCAGCGACAAUGUCGUUGCUGAUGCAUUAUCCCGUCCGGACAUCAACACACUCACAUCCGAUUUCGACCUGACGAAGCUUGCAGACCUCCAAACCGCCGACGAGUCCAUCGCGGACUUACGUACGUCUACUACUCUGCAGCUUCGAGAUGCAUCACUUCCUGCGUCACCAGAUACGAUUUUGUGCGAUUGGUCCACAGGCCGAUAUCAAAGUUCUUCAAUUGCCAUGAAGGACAUAUUAUUCAUGCCCCUAAAAACUCCCAAACUGCAAACUUCAAUUUUUAUAUUGUACAUAUCGUUAUUUUUUUAAAAAUCUUGUUAUUAUUUUCGCUUAGAACUGAGGUUUUUUUAAACCUAACACAAACUCUCAAUUCGCGCUCUUUUGACUAAACAGACACCCGAAACAAAUGAAGUCAAAAAGCAGUUGAAAUUGACGAGUUUGUUUUAGGUUUUUUUCCUGAGUUCAAAGGGGACUGACAGUGCCCAGGGGGCGCUACAAUAAACCUAUUAUAUUUAUGAUGAUACGGAAGGCCUUUAACAAAUAAACGAAAUGAUCAGUAUCUUUAAUGAAAACAAAUAUACUUAGAUAGAACUGGACAUCAAGUCUUGAAAAAGGAAAUCAUAUGCUCAAUGCUAUGAGCAACUAUAAUGAAUGUAGUAAAACGCUUUACAAAAUGCUCUCGUUAUAGUAUUUGAACGAAUAAAGAGUCCCAGUAACGUGCCCAAGCUACGUGAAGAUUAAAUUCAAUUUCCAGAAGGCAACGGUAUACAGAAGGACCCCAUUUAACAGUCAGUAGACUGUUGAUCGUGCCAUACGUGAUUUAUGAUGAAGCGAGUUUUAUGGGUGGGCAGCAAGCUAGACAGUAAGCUGACAAAAUGAAAGAAAGCACACAAAUCGCCUGGAUUUAUGCCGAAAGUCUUAUCCUACGCUAUCGUACGAAAACGGAAAUGAGAGUAGUAAUUAAACAAUAACCAAAAAGUAAAUUUCACAAAAUAACGGAUCUCGAGUUAAGGUGUGGGGUUGUGGGAAGUAAUCGCUGUUGGCAGUGUAAUUUCUGCAACAGCCGGCAAAUGUAUGCCAAGAUAAAACCCCAUAUGACACGAUCCACGGUGUACUGACAAGUAAGUGGGAUCCUUCUCUAUACCGUUGCUUUCCAGAACUCUGGCAGCGAUUUCCAACAGUAAUUGUCUUGUGUGCUGAGGAGGACUUUUUUACGUGCACAACUAUCGAGCAGUUUUAGCACGACUUUUAGAAAUAAUCUGAUGACGGCCGCACAUCUGAAGACUGAAAUUCCAACUUCCCCGAUAUAUAUUUUAGCACGUUCAGAUAAAUCUCUUGGAAUGUAACUGGUUCUUCUCGUGGAAAUAAAACUUUUUUUCUUCGCCUGGAUAUCACCUUUUCCAUUACCAGUAUCUCUCGACUGGAAAAACUAUCAACGCGCUGGAGUGGUCCAAUCAGCGUCGCCGUCUGUGCUUCCGACAGGCAGGCUUUUCGCCUGCCUUUUCUGUUGAGUUGGUCGAACAUCCUUUCUAAACGGAAGAACAUCCUAUAUCACAUUGUCUACACCUAUAAUGUACGUCUGUGUAGAUCUUUAAUCGCUGUAUUUGGGGGCACAAUUUGAUUCCAUCUGCGGAUUGGAAACCCAAAUUAUAAAAAUUGUGAUUCGUUUAAGAGGAAUCAGUCUUCGAAACUUACUGAAUACGGUAAUCGCUCUACCGCUGACUCACUUGCGACCCCUGCAACUAAAAGUACUUAUGACUUUCGCUGAACUUUAAGGAAAUCAGCACACUAUUCAUGACUUUGAAACAACACAUGGAUGCUUCUAAUAUUUUCGGGUUGCAUGCCGCAAAACACAAUCAGGCGGUGUUUUUGUGUUUAUUCUUAGUCGUCCAUUCCACACCCAGUGUAACGUUUAUCCAGCACAGUGCGACUUUUAAAUGAGAAUCAUUUUUUCUCGGCAAUUUGAAAAGCUGGCAUAGCCCCGUUCAAACAACCAUUUAAAACAACGGAUGUCACAGCAGUGAGCACUCAAAGUUACGUUUUAAUGUGACGUACUUCGUUCAUUUUCAUAGUGUCGUGUCUCCCUGGGCAGCCUUUUCGGGGAUAAAUAGUUUAUGUAUUUACUUGCACUUUCCAAGGACCGAAACGCGUAAACUCGGGUGAGUAUUUCGUCAACUAUAUUUGAACGAUACGGGCAGAGACGCUGCAGUAGCAGUAUGCGAAUCAGUUGAAAGUGCUAGCUUAACCUACAGAAGUGACAGUACUGACAGUUUUACCAGCACAAGAAGAGGCUUUCUGAGAGACCGCAAGUACUGCGUUCGACUGUCUUAGGAGCAAAACGCCAAAGGUCGGAGAAGAUGAACGACAGUAUUUUGUCACAUUCAAUUAGGAGUACAGGAAAAAUGAAUUGUACAAAAAAUACGAAGAAAAAACGAAGCGCACAAUGCUGUUCCGAUGCCUGUUGCAGGCCAUCCUCUCCACAUACGCCCAGGUGCGCUAGUUGAGGGGAUUUAAGUCUGGUGAGCAUGGCGACCAUAUAUCCUUGGGUCAGAAAUAAGGCAUGUGGUCAACCAGAAACGUCUGUAUCUUCCGUGACAGGAGUGGGGGCGCGCCAUCUUGUAGUUGAAAUCUAUCCAAGGUUUGAAAUGCUUCUGAAAAACAUCCAGGUACGAGUCUGUGUUCAUUUUGGCGUCGGUCUUGAUGCACACAGGGGGCAUGACUUUGCCGUCUGCGGCAGCCGGACCAAAGACCACCACAGACGAAUGAUGUUUGGUCUGAAACAUGUACUGAGCAUUCUCACGUAGCUCGAUGAUCUUCAGGGGGCUUAUGUAGCUAUUUGUCCGACUGUUGGACACCCAGUCGGCCGUGAAGAAUUUUUCGUCGAAGUAGAACAUCGUGUAUAGUUCUUUAUUGAGGAAGCUUAAGAUCCUCUUACUUCUUUCCAGUCUCUUCUCUUUCACAGCCCUAAUAGUGGGGUGCUUCUUGGUCCUGGCCUUAGAAGUAGCCUUCAGAUUCUUUUCAGCAUAUUCCUGACCGCCUGUUCCGACACCUCGAGCUUCAAAGCUAUCUUUCUCAUGCUCCGGACUAGGUUACGACGAAUACGAUCCCCGACAGCCCUUAUAAGACAAGGGCUUCGAACGUUUUUUUGUUUUUUUUACUACCAUGUUUCCUGUAGAUGCGACCGAACUCCUUAUAUCGGUCGAUAGUGGUGUAAAAUCUAGAGCUGGCCAUUUACAACUUGGAAGCGAUGCCCUUGGGCGAGAGGCCAUUGAGAAUGAGCUUAAUCAUUGCCUCGUUAUUUGUUCAUGGCAAAAUAUUUGA